AUGGUGUCUGUUCAACGACACUCAGUUCACACUUUGGUGUUCCGUUCUCUUAAACGUACUCAUGAUAUGUUCGAAGCAGAUCAAUCUCAUCUUCCCGAGGUGGAUGAAGAAAGUCGCAAAUUAAAAAUGGCUAUUAAACGUCGUGAUCAGUAUGGUCCAAUUCUUGACAAACCACUUGAACCUGUUAUUCAGAAGGCUAAGCAAUUAAGCCUUCCUGGCACGAGCGAACCUUCGUCGGAGAUUGUGCGUUUCGAUAAGCCAGCUGAAUCUAGUGAACCUUUGAAUCCUAAUUCUCAUAUGGUGCAAGUUGGAAAUGAUAAACUCAUAUUGCCUAAGAAAGCGCCAACAAUGCCCAAACCUGUCUGGCAUCCCCCGUGGAAACUCGCUCGUGUCAUCAGCGGUCAUUCGGGUUGGGUGCGGUGUAUUUCCUUUGACCCCACCAACGAGUUCUUUGCUACUGGCGCUGCUGAUCGUAUGAUUAAGGUUUGGGAUUUCGCCAGUGGUCAUCUGAAACUGACAUUAACAGGCCACAUCAGUGCGGUUCGUGGCGUUGUUAUUAGUUCUCGUCAGCCCUACCUCUUCUCCUGCGGUGAAGAUAAGACUGUAAAGUGCUGGGAUUUGGAACAGAAUAAAGUCAUCAGACAUUAUCAUGGCCAUAUGUCAGCUGUUUAUGAUAUUGAUCUACAUCCAACUCUUGAUGUCCUAGUCACUUGUGGUCGUGAUGCUACUGCUCGUGUUUGGGAUAUGAGAACAAAAGUCAAUAUCCACACGUUGAGCGGUCAUACGAAUACCGUCUCGUCAGUUCGUUGUCAAGAGUCUGAUCCACAGGUUAUCACGGGAUCGCAUGAUUCAACAAUUCGUCUAUGGGAUUUGGCGGCUGGUAAAACUAUGGCGUGUCUAACAAAUCACAAAAAGAGUGUCCGUUCUCUUGCAAUUCAUCCAACACAAAAUGCCUUCGUAUCUGCCUCACCAGAUAAUAUCAAACAGUGGAAGCUCCCAAAUGGUAACUUCUUACAGAAUCUCUCAGGACAUAAAGCUCUCGUGAACGCAAUUGCUAUCAACAUGGACGGUGUUGUUGUUAGUGGAGGUGACAACGGCAGCAUGUACUUCUGGGACUGGCGUUCUGGCUACAAUUUCCAGAAACUGAAUUCCAUUGCUCAACCGGGUAGCAUCAACUCAGAGGCAGGCAUCUUCGCACUGGCAUUUGAUAAAAGUGGCUCGCGUCUUGUCACCGCUGAGGCCGAUAAAACUAUCAAAAUUUAUAAAGAAGAUGAAAAUGCAGUAAGUUUUUUCGGCUCUAAUAGUAACACAUUGGACAGUUAUCCCACGAGGAGAGAGAGUGAUGAGGGUUUUAAUAACGUUACUUUGGUUGGACCUCAAUAG